AAAAAAAAAAAAAACCAAAAACCUAACAAUACCUGUUCUGGUCCGGUAAGUAAAGAGCCUAGCGGUUAGUUGUUUUGUGUCGUUCAGCUGGGUUAGCCUUUUUGGUUGAGACGCUGCCUGCUACCGGACAUGGAGACAUACGGAAACUCUAAUAAAAAACAGAAGCUGGGCAACGCCGCCGAGAGCUGGGGGAUGCAACGGGCAACUAAUGUCACCUAUCAAGCACAUCAUGUCAGCAGAAAUAAACGUGGGCAGGUUGUGGGCACAAGAGGAGGAUUCAGAGGAUGCACUGUUUGGCUCACUGGUUUGUCUGGAGCGGGGAAGACCACAGUGAGUAUGGCUUUGGAGGAGUACCUGGUAUGUCAUGGGAUUCCCUGUUACACCCUGGAUGGUGACAACAUCCGGCAGGGGCUGAAUAAGAACCUGGGCUUCAGCCCAGAAGACCGUGAAGAGAACAUUAGACGCAUUGCUGAGGUGGCCCGGCUUUUUGCUGAUGCAGGGCUGGUCUGCAUUGCCAGCUUCAUCUCUCCCUACAGCAGGGAUCGCCUCAAUGCCAGGAAGAUCCAUGAAGCUGCCGGGCUGCCGUUUUUUGAGGUGUUUGUGGAUGCUCCACUAGAUGUAUGUGAACAGAGAGAUGUGAAGGGACUGUACAAGAGAGCCAGAGCAGGCGAAAUAAGAGGCUUCACUGGGAUUGACUCUGAGUAUGAGAAGCCAGAGGCUCCUGAGCUGGUGCUGAAGACUGACUCCUGCAGUGUGAAUGAGUGCAUACAACAACUUGUUGAUCUGCUUCAGGAGAGAGAUAUAGUUCCUGUUGAUGCUUCCUAUGAAGUGAAAGAGCUGUACGUUCAGGAAAACAAAUUGGACCUCGCGAAGGCUGAUGCUGAGACUCUUCCUGCAGUGCAAAUUGGAAAGGUGGACAUGCAGUGGGUGCAGGUCCUGGCUGAAGGAUGGGCCACGCCUUUGAACGGGUUUAUGAGAGAGAGAGAAUAUUUACAGUGUCUUCAUUUUGACUGUCUGCUUGAUGGUGGUGUCAUCAACCUGUCUGUGCCUGUGGUUCUGCCAAUAUCUACUGCUGACAAAGAGCGCUUGGAUGGUGUGACCGCCAUGGCUUUGGUUUACGAGGGCAGACGAGUGGCUAUACUUCGUAAUCCUGAGUUUUACGAACACCGCAAAGAGGAGCGCUGCGCUCGGCAGUGGGGCACCACCUGUAAGGACCACCCCUACAUCAAGAUGGUGAUGGAAAGUGGGGACUGGCUUGUCGGUGGAGACCUGCAGGUCCUGGACAGGAUCUACUGGAACGACGGGCUUGACCAAUACCGGCUGACACCUACUGAGCUCAAACAGAAGUUUAAAGAAAUGAACGCAGAUGCCAUUUUUGCCUUCCAGCUCCGUAACCCUGUGCACAAUGGCCACGCUCUUCUGAUGCAGGACACCCACAAGCGUCUUAUUGAGAGAGGAUACCGCCGGCCUGUGCUGCUGCUCCACCCACUGGGAGGCUGGACCAAAGAUGAUGAUGUGCCCCUGCAGUGGCGAAUGAAGCAGCAUGCUGCUGUACUGGAGGAGGGCGUGCUCAACCCAGAGUCCACCAUUGUGGCUAUCUUUCCCUCACCCAUGAUGUAUGCUGGGCCAACUGAGGUUCAGUGGCAUUGCAGGGCUCGCAUGGUGGCUGGUGCCAACUUCUACAUUGUGGGUCGUGACCCUGCAGGCAUGCCCCACCCUGACACAGGGAAGGACCUGUACGAGCCCACUCAUGGAGCCAAGGUCCUCACCAUGGCACCGGGCCUCAUCACCCUGGAGAUAGUGCCCUUCAAGGUAGCUGCUUAUAACAAGGUCAAAAGAGCCAUGGACUUCUAUGAUCCCAAAAACCAUCAGGAUUAUGAUUUCAUCUCGGGCACACGCAUGCGCAAGAUGGCCCGAGAGGGAGAAAAUCCUCCUGACGGAUUCAUGGCACCAAAGGCCUGGGCGGUGUUGAAGGAAUACUAUAAGUCACUGGAGAAGGCCUAAAGGUCAAACAACAGGUGGAAAAAGAAUGAAUCAAAAACAAAACAAAAAUAACGGGAACACGAUGGCUUUUAGUGAUGUGUAAAACAGUGAAUGUGGGGACCACUCUGCUACUAUCAAAAACCAUACCUCUGUCUGUAUCAUAUACACUUUUACACUCUGAUAUCAGUCACAAAUCUUUGUCUUAACACAUCCAACACUGUGUUUUAUCUAUGUACUUUAUUUAACUGAUGGUGAAACAGUUGUAGGAGUCAGUAUAUCAAAUAGACCUUUUUGCAAGAAUGAAAAUAAAACCUCUUUAAUGUAGAUGUUUUCAGACUAACUUUAUAACUAUAUAAUGCCAUGACUGGUUACAUACGCCAACAUUUCAAGGUCAGAACUCUUACUGGUUUGUAUGUGCUGUACUGUUGAGCAGUACUUUGUGGGAAUGGGCAUUUGUGUUUGUGUUGUCAGAAUUUUUGGAGUUACUAGAUUACACUUAACUCAUAACCGAAGCCCAAAAAAA